AUGCCAGGAGCCGGAUCUGUGAGUUGCGAGUUGCGGGUUGCGAGUUGCGAGUUGCGGGUUGCGCGUUGGAAGCAGCUUCGUCAAAAUGUGAUGGUGAUGCCCCACUGAUCCUUUAUUUCAUUCAUGAUUUGUGACGCCAUCCCACCCCACCUCACCCCGCACCUGAACCUGCACCUGCACCCCAACUCUGACCCUGACUUCUUUCCAUCUUUUGCGCAUCCCCACCCCCCCACGCACGCCACCGCCACGGACAGGUGGAUCAGAUUGCGGAUUCGGAAGGAGCGUACGACCCUAAGAGGACGCGUCCUGAUGAGUCAGCUGGCAAGAUUCAGCGAGAGAAACCGCAGACGGAUAUGAGCAAGACGGCCGCUUCUUCCCAGCCUAGCGAUCUGGCUACCAAGAAGGGGAAAGCUACGCCUAGUGGAGAGAGCAGCUCUAGCGGUUGA